GGCGGUCUAUCCCCUCAUCCCCCACACGAACACAGCGGGCCCCAUCUCCUUCGAUCGGAUGCAAACAGAGUCAGCGUCACGGCCAUUUGUUCAUCGCUAUGUCACUGAGUCGUUCUUGACGAAAUCAUUUGAGCAGAAAAUGAGGCACUCGGUUGUGGAGUUCGCGGUCCCGCCAGCGCGGGAAAACAGAGCUCGUGUAGGCAAAACGCAAACGCUUCCUUAUUUCCGUUGGUUCGUUCGUUUUGCUCGUGCAGUCAUGUUCGAUGGUUACUUCUCGUCGUGAGCUGAGGGCCAUCACGCCGACCAAGUCCUUGCCGCCGAAGAGCCCUCAACUGAAGGGCAUACUGGCAAGGAAGGCGCUCGGCACCGCAACGGAUGAUGAAUAUGCUGAGGAACUGGACAUCAACACAGCCGCAGGGACAGAGAAGAAAAUUGCGGCUCUCGGCCCGCAGAUCAGUGACCUCACGGAGGCACAGCUCAACAGCGAUUACCUUCUCAAGAAGCAGAAGUCGCUCGUCAACAAGAUGCCAUACGGAAGCCUCCUUAUCUCCCUCUUCGCGCUGGCUGGCGUCGUGAGCCAAUACGUCUUCUCUAGCGCGAAGGACGGCGAGCUGUCGACGAGGGACUUGGCUGGGGUCAGCGUGGCUCUGAGGGCGGUCUUCUGGUCGCUGGGAGCCCAGGCAGUCAUCGGUCUGGCUCUCUUUGUCUUCAGCGUGGCCGCCUCGAAGCGAGAACGGCUGCGACCGGUGGGCGACUAUUGCUUGGGCGGUGGGCUGCUGGGGAUAUUUCUCUUGACGGGCAUGUUCGGUGACUGUCGUCGGGCGGCCGUCUUUAUCAAUCGUCAAAGCUGCAGUAGCCUACGGGAAGAGGUGAGAGCCAGGCAGGCAGAGGGGCAUGACUGCUACGAUACGAUCUUAAGUAAACGGAUGUGGUUUAUGUGCAGCGGUAUUGGAUAUUUGACAGCUAUGUGUUGGGCUGGAUGCUAUCGCUUGUCACUGCAUCGUGCACUCUUCUGCCCAUGCGGUAGGGACGAGAACGAGACACAACUCGUAAUCUAGUGUGUCUCCCGCACUUGUCGUCACGCAGUAACCGGGUAGCGGCCUUCAUUGGUGUGAGCUCGAUCACGUGCUAUUUCAUCACAACCUGGGUGGUCUUCAUCACACGAUCAUUCGGCGGGGGCUUCGCCAUCCUCGCUCUCAACUCCUCCCUGUUGGCUGUCUCCGUCUGCCUAACACUCGUCGGCCGCCGUAAAGCUGAGCGGCAGGACGAAUUCAAUUUCAGGCGGAUUUGCAAACAAGAGGUCUGGUCACAGCACAUGUACGUGAACAGACAGCGAGGCGUCCGUAUGUGGCAAUGAGCUGGUGCUUCUCUGCUGUGCGUGGUCUCUUCUUUCAGCACGACAUUAUUAUGCUGUCUCGUCACCUGAACAAUCUGGAGGAAACCUUUUUGUCUCCGACGACCAAAAAGGAUCGCGCCUCGACUGUUUACGAAGUCCACAUGGAUAAACUUCGGAAGGUAAAAGUGUACAUAUCCAUUGGACAAGCAGUCAAUGACCAGAGAGAGCCUGGUCUCUGCGUGUGUCGUUCAGAUAAUGAAGCGGCUUGAAAGCCUUGCGCAUGUGAUGGAGGCACUGGAGAAUCAGCACCUGGACGCCCUCGACAAUGACAUUAACGCCAGCGCCCGCAGCAUUGCGCCCCUGUUUCCCUCCCUCACAAACGAUCCUCUUCCCAGUACGUCGUCUGCCUUCACCGGGAGCAGCAGCGGCAGGAUGAAGGACGUCAAAAUGAAGGAAGGUGCGAAGAGCUCUCCCAUUCCAUCAAGAAGGCACUGGAUGUCGUGGAAAGAGUGGCUCAGAGUCAAUGCUGAGAAGAUCAGGCCCUCCAAGAAAUUAAGACGAGUCGACAAGAAUAGGGCAUUCAAGCUCCAGUACAAGAAGGUGUGGAGGUGAACGAUGGGUACUGAGACAGUUGCCAACUGACAUAAUUCCAGCCGAUGGGGAUCUGUUGUGCAGACGGUGUUUGAGCUCCAGCAGUUGGGUCAGCAGAUGAAGCUGUCGCUGGCCGCAUUAUCACACAUCGACACAAUCAUGGACGUCAAAAUCAGCCCGGCACAGGCAAGCACUCCAGUGACAGAGUGUGUGAAUGACACUCGAUCGAGAUUCACGUGGCUGUUGUGUUGUACGUACGUAAACAGGGUGUGAGCGGUUCCGACCCGUCGAGCGACGACCCGUAUAUCAUGGAUUGGGUUGCCACCAACUUCAUGCGCAGAGAGGGGCAAGACUACCUCAACACAAGCAAACGAUCGCUACGGAGGGCGUCCAUCGCAAGUCAGACACUCACCCACCCACCCAACCAGCUACCACGAACCAAAGAAUCAAAUGAAGACAUCUUGGCCGUGCCUGUGUCUUUCCUUUUUUCCAGCAACGGACAGCACGUUAGCGCAGCACGGUGGUCCCGUAGGUAGGAAGCAACUCAGUCACCGAUUGAGUAUACUCUUCCCAUGAGACUUUGUCUCUGCUUCAGUUUUCGGUGUGAGUUUCGCCGUUACGGCCAACCAUAGCUCUGCGCCGGCGGGCCAGGCCGCCGAGACAGCUGACGUUACCGGGGGAAUGCUGCAAAAGAUGCCCUCGACCAAGCAUCUGGUCCCUCUCAGAAACGAAGCGCGCCAGGCACCGGAGUCGGCAGAAAAGCGGCUCGAGACACAGCAAAAUAGAGAGGAGAGGGUGCCCGCGGCUCAGCAGCUGCAGGGCGUGCGCACGCCGAUGUCAGACAACUAUGCUCCCACGGUCAACUCCCAGGCAGUACGUGCUGUCCGUCGUGCCCUCCUGCGCCAGCUGCAAGAGACGCCCAAGUUGGCCAGAGACCCCGCCAUGUCCGUUCCCCGGGCACAGACCGAAGGCGUCUUCCGGCGGGGCUCUGCCCCUGAUGCACGCCAGAGUGAAGCUAUGAUCCCCAACAACCAGAAUGACAACCACAUCGGCAACCACCCACCGCAUCCGAGACGGCACUCCAAUCCAAGGGAGUCUGUCGCGGACUCUUCAGCGGUCGAGGUGAUUGUGGACCAUACUCCCACGCCGGUGCGUCAUCGAACAGAGCAGGCCACGCCUCCACAGCCGUCAAAAGCCGGGCAGAAGCUGGCGGUCCGCGCAGUGUGGAACCCCUUUCGUCGGUCGCCCCCUCCCUCCCCCUACGCCCAUUCCGACUCGUCAUUACCAGCCACAAGCAGCCCUCUGACGUUCCUGCGCACGCGUCUCUUUCGCGGAGGCGAGAAGGGCGUGAGGCAUCCGGGACUGCAGUUGGACACAUCAAUCGGCAUCCCCAUGAACUCACCAACGCCCUUACGCCCCGCAAAGCUGAAGCACAGCGGCAAGAGAGAAAAGGAGAAGUCGCCGCCACCGCAGGAGCAGAGAAGACGGGUGUCCAACAGGAUGAAGCGCUUCCAGGCUGGCACCAGGAGGUCAGAGGGGGACGCGCAAUCCGUCUUAGGGAAGAUCGGCAGUGCAGAGGGGAAUGCCAAGAACUCCACCAAGAACAGCCCCUUGGACUCGGCGCAGCACCCGAGACUCUUUCAGUAUCGCCAUUCGUCCUCAUCUGGUGAGUCAAUCGGCAGCGAGGCCCACGCUACGGUGGUCAUUAUGGGAAGCGACACACACUUGGAGAGGGAGACGGCCGCCACGGCAGCAGAGAAGGGUGGACCUGAAGCCGUAAGAGAGUGUAUUCCCCUCCCGCCCUACCACCCGUUCGUUUCUGAUGAGGUCAAGGCCAAUGUCCUGGCAUCGGCUGACUUUCGCAUCCUGCGUCUCGAUGACGAGUCCCCUUUACAGUCACCGAUCCGAUUGGACGAACAGAGGAAGACCGGCCCGAGAAUCGCACCGGGCACUGCCAACGGUAGCGAUGAAGCUGGGCGGACGAUCGCUCCAGAUUCCCUGGAAGCAGCGACAGAGACGACCUGCUUUGGGCCCCUGUACCCCUAUUUGAGUGUAGCAGUGCCGAGUGUCCUCCCACACCCCGCACCAGAAGAUGCCAACCAAGUCAGCAGCGAUGCACCGGUACGCAACUAGCAGCCACCCAAACACAUGAUAGCCGACCGUCUGAAUCGGUCUGACGCGUCCCUUUCUCUCAGGAGCGUCUGUUCAAAGCCAAUGGGCGCCACUACGUUGUAGAUCCGAAAACAGUCAGGGCCCGCAGCGGCCUUUUCUUGCCCGUGGACCUCUUUGAGCUCUGCAAAGUGUACGGCAUUGGCGAGAACUGGAACGCAUCGGUGUUGGGCUUGGCAGGUCGAAGCCUUAACCACUCUCUUCUGGCUGUGGGCACGUAUCUCUUGGCUCCCGUCAUCUGUGACCGUGAUGAGCUGGGCGAACGGGCGCCGCAGCUGAUGCGCUUCCUCCACAAGAUCACGUGAGGCAGGGGAGACACGGGGAAAACAAAAAGAAUCCAAACAGGAGUGAUCGAUGUCGUGUCUGCAGGGAGACUUAUUUGAACAAUCCCUACCACAGCGAAGCGCAUGCAGCAGAAGUGUGCCACUCCACAGUCGUCCUGGCGAGAAUGCUCAGGGUGCGUUCAUCCACAGUACAAGCUCUGGAACCACGUGAGUGUGUCUCUCUUUUUUUCUUGUGUAGGUGUGGGACAACCUGGAUAUGUUGGGUCAGUUGUCGCUGCUGCUGAGUGCUCUCUGCCAUGACGUGGGCCACGUCGGACGGAACAAUGCAUUCCUCAUUGCGGCCUCGUCGGAGCUAGGUCGGCACUAGCCUGCCACUGUCUGUCUCUCGUCCUGUCACCUGUGUCGCUUCCCCUGUGUAGCGAUCAUCUACAAUGACAAGUCGCCUCUUGAGAACAUGCACGCAUCAACCACAUUCAAGGUUCACAUUCGCAUAAUUGAUCAAUAAUGGAUCAGGCUCACGCGAGCAGCGUUCCUGUUUCUUUGUAGCUGUUGAGUGAUGACAAGUGUGAUUUCGUGGAUGCCCUGUCGCCCGCCGAUCGCGCCACCUUCCGUCGAUAUGUGAUCGACCUGAUCCUGCAGACGGACAUGCAGAUGCACUUUGAGGAGGUCAGCAAGUUCAGAAUAAGGCGGCAGGCGGCCGACUUCGAUAUGGUUGAGUCCGCUGCCGACCGCUGGCUCACUGCGCGGCUCAUCAUGAAGGUGAGACAGACAGACAGACAGGCAGACAGACAGCAACAGAAGGCGCCUUGCGUGUUCUCAUUGUCGUCUUUUCCUCCAUGCAGGCUGCGGACAUCGGUCACAGCUGCAAGACAUGGGCGCAGCACAAGCGAUGGAGCUACCUGAUCGUACACGAGUUCUACCUCCAGGCACGAUAGCCAUCCUUCCCACCUGUGCAUGCAUCACAUGUUGACAUGUCUCCAUUUCGUGUCUCGUCUGCAGGGCGAUGAAGAGCGUGUACGGGGCAUGGAAGUGUCCCCACUAUGCGACCGGCAGAAUGCUGCCGACCUGCCAAAAUCACAAAUCGGCUUCCUCGGAUUCGUAUGCAGGUAGUCUUCUUGCUCUUGAACAUCCGACAUAGUCGCGGGCAUUGUGUCUUGACUGAUGUGUGGCAGGCCGUGCUUCGAGGAGCUGCAGGCAUUGGACACGAGCGGCAGUAUUGCUAAAGUAUGCCUUGACGAACUACAGGAGAAUAGCAGGAGGUACCCAGCGCCUUCACGACACGCACAUUGAUCGCAGCACAUCAUUUCUUCCUUUGUGGUCUGUGUCAUCAGGUGGAGUGUGGUAGAGACGGCGAUCGAGAGCAAACGAGCCUUCCACCCGGACGGCGACCUAGUACCGCUGCCAUCCAAAGAGCUGCCGUCCCCACCACAGUUGUCUCCCAACAACAGCUCCUCACCCAGCCACGACGGCAACCACGAAUCAUCGUCGGCUUCGGCCUCCCUCAACGCUGACGAAAGGGAGGGUGGGCAGCGGGAGGUGCGCGUGACGCCCAGUGCCCGGCUCGUACACAAGACGAGGGAACAGGAGAAGGACAGGGCAACAUGAGGCUGUAGCAGACGCGAUUCACGUGGGGGAGGGACUUCUUCGGCCACCGCCUUUAUGCCCAGAUGCUCCGUCUAUUUUUCCCAUUUGGGCCGAGUGUCCCUGCCUCACGUCCAGCAUUUUUCUCAGGAGAAUUGUCUCUGCGUAUGGGCGGGUAGCUGGGGAAAGAAACGGCUCGUACGUGUCUCGUCUUGCACUCAAUCGAGAGCUGCGUCUUUUUUGCUCUAUGGGCUGUUUUUUGCAGCCAUGUCCGUUGUUUGGAAAUGAUGAUGAAUUCGAAUGAAUUCAGGUUGUGUUUAUAAACACGUCUUUUGGUCUGCGACACGCGUCUGUGGGUGGCUAGCCAUGGCUGUGGCAGGCGCUGUCCUUUCUUGCUCGGGGUCGUGUUGCCUAUGUCUCUCAUGUUGUCCGGUUCCGAUGCUGCGCGUGAGCGCCGCGUGCAGUGUCUGGUGUAUACAUCCGUAGCUAGCUGCAUGUAUGAAUGCCCACAAGUGACGGACACACUCAAACAGCAGGCGAUAGGCUUUACUUGAUAAUUCCUACUCACCUAAGUACUUUGAAUACG